CCCCGCGGCGGGAGCGGGAGGGAGGCCCCCAAGAUGGCGAUGCUGGCGGAGCCCCGUAGAAGGCAGAAGUGGUCUGUGGAUCCACGAAACAGCGCCUGGAGUAAAGAUGAAACUAAAUUUGGACAGAAGAUGCUGGAAAAGAUGGGCUGGUCCAAAGGAAAGGGUCUUGGUGCUCAGGAGCAAGGAAAUACAGAACAUAUCAAGGUUCAGGUGAAAAACAACAUGCUGGGGUUAGGAGCAUCCAUCAAUCACGAGGACAACUGGAUUGCUCAUCAGGAUGACUUCAACCAGCUUCUGGCUGAACUGAACGAUUGCCACGGACAGGGUGAAACAGAGUCCUCAGUGACUAAUCGGAAGACGACGUUUAGUCUCGAGGAAAAAUCCAAAUCCUCCAAGAAACGUGUCCAUUAUAUGAAGUUUGCAAAAGGUAAGGAUCUCUCUUUGCGCAGUGAAGAUGAUCUGUCCUGCAUAUUUGGGAAGCGACAGAAGACUACGAAGAUGCAGGAGGAUACCACCGAUCCUGAGUCUCAGGAGGAGAAGCAGAGAGACCCCUGGCUAUCUGAGCCUGCAGACGGUCCCAAUACGGUGAAGAGUGGUCUCACUGUACAGGAAUAUUUCGCCAAGCGCAUGGCAAAAUUGAAGGGAUCCCAGAAAGAAGCAGAAACAAAGUCAGACAAUUGCUGCCCAGCCACAGAAGAAGCCUUGGAGCUUUCAGAAGAAUUGAAAACCAAAGCCAAGAAGAAAAAGAAGAAGCAAAAGAGUGAUGAGGCAGAGAGUACAGAACAUUGUGAGAAAGCAAAAGUAGAAAAGUCUAAGAUAAGUACCUUGAAUGGAAAUGAACUGGAUGCUUCUUUAAAUGAAUGUCACUCAGGGAAAAAGAAAAGGAAGCAUAAAGAGCAGCACGAAGAGGAAAGCAUUAGUAAUGAUGAAAAUAUGGGCAAUGGAGAAGUUUAUAUGGGAAUAUCUGAUGGGGAAGAUCUCUGCACAGAGGACUCAGAGACAAAGCAAAAGAAACGCCACAAGAAGAAGCACAAAAAGCAAAAAGAGGAGACAGGUGACUGUACUGAAGGAACGCAGAGAAAGAAAAAGAAGCACUGCAAGUAGAUUUAGCCAUUUAAGAGUCAAGGUGGGACUUCGAGGUGGUUUGAACUUUAUCACGUUGGAUGAGAAGCCUACAUAAACACCAGCCAAACAUCAGAUGGUAAUUCAGCCUUGAGUACACUUGAGCUCCUCAUCCAACUGAAACCACAGAUUGUAUUUAAAUAUAGCUCUUACAAGGGGGCUGAGAACAUGGUGACAGGCCAACAGGAGCUUCAGUGCCAUGCUGAAAAGGUAUCCAGCUGCAGGGCCAGGGCUUGCACGUCUACAAAGCAAGACUUGAUUAAAAAGAAAACAACAGCUAUGCUUUGCCCUUCCGUUGUGGCAGAACCGAGGUUCACCUUAGGGGCUGUGCAAGAGCUGUGUUUUAACACAGCAGAGCCUACACCUUCGGCCCACGUUCACCCUGGUGUGACUCCAUUCACAACAGAUAACAGCAAGCAAAAUCAGGGCUGGUUUUAACCACUGUGGUUAGGACUGUGAAAACCAGUAAAUUGCUGUGUGCUGGUUCACACUGACUGUUUUCUCUCAAUCCAGGGAGAUGAAAACAGAAAAAAAAAGUCAUCCUAUUGCUGCCUUUAUUAUUAAAGCCACCAUUGUUUUCACUUGUGAUAGCUCUGCUUCUGGAAACAGGAGGGGGUCUGCAAAGCUGUAUGUGUUUCUUUUCAUUGAUUUUUGCGAAGUCGCGUGUAAUUUUUUCAUUGAUCGCCGUUUACGUAUAAAAAUGAACAUUGUCUUUUCCCAAAAUGCUUAGUCUUUAAUUAAAAGAUUACCCCCGCUUGUCACAACUAAAGAAUGAAAUAAAGUAACUCCCUGUGUUCCCUGGCCAGUAGUUAACUAUGGUCAAGUAACUGUAACUUUGCAACAGAGGUAUAGGAGCUUGCCCUUCUUAGCUGUAAUGUAAAUCUUUGGUUCCCAGGCAGCGUUCGUGGUACCUUUGGUGAUGCACCUAGCAUUCAAAAGCUGUCUUGGAUAAGCAAAGUUUUCUGUGAAAUUGGGAGACCAAAUAGAUUUUAAAAGCAUAGCUACUCCUCUGCAUCAGUAUUGCCACUUACACAUAGAAACCUUGCAA